AAGUGAGUCGAGACAGCUGCACAAAACUCAUGUUUACAUUUCAGACUAUAAAAUACAAGUUUAACACGCACCGUAGUCUUGUCAACUGGCCAAGCCUGGAUAUUCCUGUCAACUUCUAAUUUGGGAAAACAACUUGCGGAGGUGGUCGUCCUCAUCCUUGAGAAGAGCAGCAGAGACGGAAGGAUGCCAAAAUAAUCGACCUUUUUUCAUGCGCUUAAUGGAUACAAAGAAGGCGUUGAACGUGUGACUGAAAAGGAAACAUGGACUCUCGAAAAGUGGCAGAGUUGAAGGGCUUCGUGCAACUAUGCGAGUCCAAUCCCGCCAUCCUGCAACUUCCCGAGAUGGCUUUUUUCCGGAGCUGGUUGCAGAGCAUGGGUGCAAAGAUACCUUCUCAACCCUCUCCCAAGAGUCACUGCCAGGGUGAGUGUUCCCACGGUCCUCCACCCACAUCUACAGCUUCUCCAACUGAGCCUGUGCCACCAGAUUCAUCUGAGAGUGAGGAGAGUGAACUUGAAAAAGACCUCGAGGGUGUCAUUGAGCCAGACACGGAGGAACCACAGGAAAUGGGAGACCCGGAUAAUGUCGAGGUGACAGAAGAGAUGAUGGACAAGGCCAACGACAAGAAGAUGGAAGCGAUUGAUGCUCUUGGAGAAGGCGAUCUACAGAAAGCUCUGGAUCUCUUCACCGAGGCCAUCAAGCUGAAUCCCUGUGUUGCCAUCAUGUACGCAAAGAGGGCAAGCGUUUACAUUCAGAUGCAGAAACCCAACGCAGCCAUUAGAGACUGCGACAGAGCCAUCACGAUCAAUCCGGACUCGGCGCAGCCAUACAAAUGGAGGGGGAAAGCCCACAGGCUGUUGGGGCACUGGGAAGAGGCAGCCCGCGAUCUGGCCACAGCAUGUAAACUGGAUUAUGAUGAAGAUGCCAGUGCACUGCUGAAAGAGGUUCAACCCAAGGCUACCAGAAUUAUCGAGCACCGCCGCAAAUAUGAACGCAAGAGGGAAGAGAGGGAGAUCAAGGAGAAACAGGACCGUAUAAAGAAAGCAAGGGAAGAGCACGCUCGGGCUCAAAAGGAAGAGGAAGCCAGAGGAGGGGCGGGGCCAGGAGGAGCAGGAUUCUUCCCAGGUGGUGCAGGAUUCCCUGGCGGAUUCCCAGGCGGCGCUGCCGGCAUGCCUGGUCUGAAUGACCUCCUGCAGGAUCCCGAGAUGCUCACGGCUAUGCAGGAUCCGGAGGUGAUGGCUGCCUUUCAGGAUGUGGCACAGAACCCAAUUAACAUCGCAAAGUACCAGAACAACCCCAAGAUCAUGGCACUCAUCACCAAGCUGAGCUCCAAGUUUGGGGGCGCUGCACCUCAGCCGUAGAAAGACCAAAGAUGAGAUGAUUUCGUUGACCGCAACAAUCAUUCGAGAGGUUUUCCAAUAAUUCUGUGGCGUGCAUCACAAAUGUUCUUGGGUGGUUACUUAAAUGGAGUGCUUGUUUUUAGAGGUGCUGGGGGUACGUUCAAAUCAAAGCUAUUUCUUUGGUAUUAAAAAGCAACCAGCGAGGAAUCUGAGGGGGUCUGUAGCUACAAGACCUCUGUGACUGGGAUUAGCUGGCAUUUAAUCAGUUUUUUUCUUGCAUUUGUCAUCUUGAGAGUUCCUGCACUCACUAACAUCCAUUUAAACGGCGAGGGUUUGUUCAAGUUUUGGAACCAAACCAUUUUUUUUUUUUUAAAUCAUUCAAAAUUACAUUUGGUCUGACCCAUUUGAGAAAAAUAAAGCUUCUCCUAUGCAUAUUUGACAGUCCUUUUCCCCCCCCCAAACAACUAACCCUAACCCUCCUUUGAAACCUGAAAUUGGGACUUUAACAUUGCAACUUUUUUCUCAAAUAAAAAUUGCAACUUUUUUUUUUUUUGUAUUCAGAAAACAUGUCAACUGAGUUUAGCUUCACACAACCCCACACUAAAGUAGCCAAUUUAGAAAAAAAAUAGUUGCACAAAGUGUGUUUCGGACGUGUGAUAUGUCAUAGCAUUUGAUUUUCUUUCCACAUUUGGGUGUUCCAACCUUAUUGUAAAGUUGUGGGUUGGGGCUAUGGAAGUAGAUUAGUGCCACCAGGAUUUAAAUUUGAAAUGUAAAGUGAUCACAUUUUCAAUAGUUGUAUAUUAAUAAUUCAAUUUGCUACGAUUCGCUGUCAAAAAUUCACCAUCUGUGCCACCAGCCAGAAGAGCCAGCCAAUCGCAGUUAAGCUUUCUUAGUCACGUGACAGCACAUACUAAGAAAUAGUAACUGGAUUGGCCGGGUAUCCGGUUCUGACCUGAAGUAACCCUGCCUGGUGGCACAGACGGUGAAUUUUAGACAGCUUUCACUUUACAUUUCAAAUUCAAAUCCUGGCAGCACUAAUCUACUUCCAUUGUGGGGGGCCUUUUGGACUUCAUGCUUGUCAAUUGUGCAACCUUACACAGGCGUGUGCCUUUCCAUAUGUCCAACUGAAUUCACCAUAGGUGGAGUGUGUUAUUUAACAACUUUGCAAACAAAAAAACAUGGUUUGUAAACUGAGGAAGCAAUCCAUUUUGGAAAAAGGAUGUAAAAAAAAAAAAAAUAAUUGGUUGUGUGGGGAAGUAAUAUGCUGUGAAUAAUUUCCACGUACACUAUUUUCUCUGCAUUUUACCUUGUUUUAUCAUGCAUAAGAAAAAAAUCAUCCAGAAAUAUUUUUUUCCUCCAGAAAACAAGUUUUACUGUAUCCACACGUGACCACAAAAGUGCAUUUUAAAUAAACAUUUACCACCCGA